AUGGCCAGUGUCACGCCCAGAAAGCCCAGCAUCAUACCCAAGUCAGAGAUUGAAGUUCUGAGUCAACAGAUCAGUGAUGAUGAGGGACUAUAUCGCAUUCGGGCUGGCAAGAGAGUACACUAUCUCACGAUACCCGGUCAUGAGAAUCCCGAAUGCAUCUUCGACGAAUUAACUCUGUGUCGGCCCUACCUUCUCGUACCUCAGCUUCCGCCGUUCCCGGAUGCAGACUGGACAACCAUGCGGCUGUUCCGCGGCGCAGACGGCCGCGUAAAUUUCAUCAUUUCUUUCAAGCCACUUGCUCAGAUAGAGUCAACCUGGCAUCCACGUCAUAUCGAUAUACUUUCGUUAAAAAUCAUCGCGUAUCACAAGAAGCGCAUUCGAGAGGUAGAGUUUGAAGGGAAAACUGCAAUCUCCAAAGUUGCAGUUCUGGAGUGGCUCAUCCCACAAGUUGAGCACGAGACAAGGAUAUAUGAAGCAUUGGCCAGUUUGCAAAACCUCGACGAGGCUCCAAUAACACCUAGAGUGCUUGGACAUCUCUUUGAAGGCGGUAGAAACGUCGGGCUCCUCUUGGAGAAAAUUAAAGGUGAACAUGCCACACCGGCUGAUCUUUCAAAAUGCGAAGCGGCUCUGCACAAGCUACAUGACAUUGGUUUUAUCCAUGGGGACAUCAAUCGCCACAAUUUCAUAAUAGAACAAUCUACUGGUAAUGCAAUAUUGAUUGACUUGGAGCAUGCUGAGGUAUAUGACGAGAAGAAAGCGAUGGGCGAGACUAAGGAACUCAAAUCUGAAUUGAUAGCUGAAUCGGGAAGGGGCGCACCAGUUACUUUCAUGUAUUAA